AUGAUUGACAUCCGGGAACAGGAGGAGCGGGAGUUCUUAGUCCAGUCGAAGAAAGAAGAGGCUGAGCUGAAUAAGACGCUGGGAGAGCACGACCUAAUCAGUAUCCGCGAGUUCAUGACCAAGCAAGAGGACUAUCAUUUAAGGUUCCCUCAAAAUCAUCCCCAGGGCUGGCGCUACGUGCUUCACACGAUGGAAGACUUCAUCAAAUACAAACAGGACUGGCCUGUCAAAUUGGAGAGACGUAGACAGAAGGAAGAAGAGAAGGCGAACGAGAUACACAAGGAAGAAGAGAACCAUAAGCGACAGAACGAAGAUGAGUGGCGACUGGGAGGUAUCGUUGCUGCGCCUACUACGAACGGAGAGGAAGUACAUGAAGACGUUGGAAGGAACGAUGGCAAGGUCAAGUCUCCUCUCAAUUUAACAAAAGAGCAGGGCUUGUCCAUUGACGAGGCCGACCAAUUCACUCCCGAUAACUGGAUCCCGCGAUCUUCCUGCCUCAUCCGCCUAACGGGCAAGCAUCCGCUCAAUGGCGAGCCUGAAUUGCAAGCCCUCUAUGGAGCGGGCCUCAUCACCCCAAAUCAACUACAUUUCGUUCGCAACCAUGGCGCUGUGCCCCAUCUACUGUGGGAGACCCACAAGCUUCAUGUCGAGAACGGGAAACGGAAACUGGUCAUAUCGAUGGAUAACCUUGCAAACGAUUUUGAAGCUAUCAACAUUGCAGUGGCUUUGGCCUGUGACGGCAACCAGCGGAAAGAGCUGAACAUGAUUAGACGCUCGAAGGGUUUCAAUUGGGGUGCUGGACCCAUUAGCUGCGCAUUUUGGAAAGGGCCGCUCCAACGGGACGUACUUCUUGCCGCAGGCGUCCGGGUCCCUGAUCCUUGUCUCGGAAAAGGUCGGCGUUGGGUCAAUUUUGAAGGCGCGGAUGAGCUCAGCGAAGGCAAGUAUGCGACAUCAAUACCAUUGGCAUAUGCCAUGGACUCUGAGAACGACGUGAUCUUGGCCUAUGAAAUGAACAAUAUGCGGCUGCUAUCAGACCACGGUUAUCCAGUGCGCUUGAUAAUCCCUGGUUACGUUGGUGGUCGUUGUGUCAAAUGGCUUCACAAAGUCUACGUCUCUGACAAGGAGAAUGAUAGCCGUUACCAUAUUUGGGACAACCGGGUACUGCCUGGCUUUAUUCGGGAUAUGGACUCGGAGUUCUCUCGCACCAUAUUCAGUCACCCGAGCACCGCCUGUAAUGAACAGAAUCUGAACUCGAUCAUUGUGAAGCCUGGGCAAGGAAUAGCAUACGAUGGCGGCGGUCAUGAAGUCCAGAGGGUGGAAGUCAGCCUGGACGGUGGAGAAACCUGGUUGUACUGUAUCCGCAAGUUUCCUGAAUACCCCAUCCGCCAUGGAAAGAAGUUCUGGACCUGGCUUCAUUGGUACGUGGAUGUGGGAUUGCCGCAUCUUGUUCGAGCGAAGAGCAUCACCGUCCGCUGCUUCAAUGUCUUCAAGAACACACAACCAGAAACGCCUUCAUGGAACAUUAUGGGCAUGAUGAACAAUUGCUGGUAUACUGUGCUCCCAGAGAUCCGGGAGGAUAGUAAAAACGAAUACUCUGUGCUUUUAUUUCGACACCCGUGCGAGCCUGGCACAGGAACUGGUGGGUGGAUGCAGGCUUCGACAGAGAACUACGUAGAGAAUAUCAAGCAUGAGGUGACAUCACCGCAAAAGCAAUUCACACGUGAGGAAAUUGAAAAGCAUAACAAGGAAAAUGACUGCUGGGUUGUCAUUAAUGGCAAGGUAUACGAUGCGACGAGCGUGCUUGACUGGCAUCCUGGCGGCAAGGCACCAAUUAUGGCACAUGCGGAUAGUGUGCAUGCCGAUACCACAGAUGAGUUCGAGAGCAUCCAUGAUGACUAUGCGCAGCAAAAACUGAGCGUUCUUGGUGAAGUCACCGAAAAGGCGAUGGGAUUCAUCAAGAAGCAGGUCGAAGCUGUGGCCAAAGAAAAGGCCCGUUCUUCAAAAAAGCACUCGGACAUCAUCUUGGAGCAUCGCCGUUGGAAUGUCGUUCGCUUCAAGGAAAAGGAGCAGCUCUCGGAAGACACUCAUCGAUACACGUUCUCACUACCACUAGAAUCGAGGAGGCUCGGCCUCGGAACCUGCCAGCAUCUUAAAUUAGGCUUCCAUUUCAAGGACCGGCUCGUCGUCCGGCCAUACACGCCCACACGCCCUGUCUUCGGAAAAGAAGAAGAUGGCACUUUCGACCUUGUCGUCAAAACAUAUGCCCCGGAUCAAUCCCAGCCGGGAAGAACGAUGAGCAAUAUCCUUGACUGUCUGCAUUCUGGCGAGGAGAUUGACGUCAAAAGACCCAUCGGCGAAAUCAAGUACAUCGGCCAAGGCAAGUUUAAGAUCGACGACAAAGAAUACCAUUUCUACAAUGUAAGCCUUGUUCUCGGAGGAUCCGGUAUCACCCCCGGCUACCAGCUUAUCUCACGAAUCUUGCGCGCCAAAAGUCAAGGUGAGAGCGAGGACAUGACCAACCUCAAGGUCAUCGAUGCGAACAAAACCGAAGGUGAUAUCCUGUUGAGGGAAGACUUGGAUAAACUUGCGAACAACCAUUCGGACCAGUUACAGAUCACGCAUGUUCUCUCGCACCCAGAUGAUAAUUGGAAGGGAGAGAAGGGACAUGUGACAAAGGAGAUUCCUCAAAGGUAUUUCUUUGGGCCUGAAGAGGGGAAUGUUGCGCUGCUUUGUGGGCCACCGACUAUGAUCCAGAAGUUUGUGCUUCCAGCGCUUCAGGACAUAGGGUACAGAGAGGAUAGAAAUCUGUUUGGUUUUUAA